AUGAAUGAAAAAGAAGUGCUACGCGGCCUAAACAACCGGUUCUCGGGAUUUAUUGACAAGGUUCGUCAUUUGGAAGGUCAAAAUAGAGAACUCGAGCGAGAAAUAGAAGAAAUAAAACAGCAGACACAAAGCUCUGCAUCAAUUUCCAAACAGUAUGAGCCAGAGCUGAAGGAACUGAGAAAGCUGGUAAAUGAAAUAAGCCUUCAGAAACGCCAGGUUGAAUUGGACUAUUAUCAUUUGGAGGACGAAUUCCAUUCCAUACAACUUCAAUAUGAGCAAGAAGCUCGCACCAGGUCGGACGCUGAGAAUACAAUUACAGUGGUGAAGAAAUAUAUCAGUGAGGCUAAUGUUGUUAAAAUGGGACUAGACAAAAAAGCACAAUGCCUUCAGGACGAAAUCAAGUUCCUGAAGAAAAACCAUAAAGAGGAAGUGGCAGAGAUGAUGGCUCAAAUCAAAGAAGCCCAGGUUAGACCUGAAUCUAUUGACUUUGGGAAAGGUGACAUUACCUCAGCCCUAAGAGACAUUCGAAUUAAACUGGAAGGUCACACUAUGUCCAACAUUUGCGUUACCGAUGCAGGGUUCCGUGCACAGGCAGCAAAGUUGACCAAAGCUGCCGAGGUCAGUAGAGAGGCUCUCAUGGCAACAAGGCAGGAGAUCAGCGAGCACAGACGCAGGCUGCAGUCAAAAAGCAUCGAGCUGGACUCUGCUAUGGGGAUGAGUGAGGCUCUGGAAAAACAACUCUAUGAUCUCGAGGAACAGCACAAGGAUGAAAUGAACCACUAUCAGAGCACCAUCAGACAGUUCGAACAUGAGCUUCACAAUUCCAAACACGACAUGGCUGGACAUCUGCAGGAAUAUCAGGACCUGCUUAAUGUGAAAAUGGCUUUGGAUGCAGAGAUAUUUUCUUACAGGAAACUCCUGGAGGGAGAAGAAUGUCGUUAUUCCAUUGUCACAGACUCCAACGUGUCGGUUCCAUACAUAUACAGGCAGUCUCCAGUCUACACACUUCCCUGUACCACAAGGCAUGGGGGAAGCACUCGAAGAAUAGAGCCUCAGUAUAAAUUUGUGGAGGAAAUAAUUACGGAAACAACCAGGGAGGAUGUGGAAAUUGAUGAGACAGAGUCUGAAGAAACUGUUGAUGAGGGGGACAAAGUGGAGAAACUGAGUAGUGAGGAGGAGGAGGAGGAGGAAGAGGCAGAUUCAGGAGCACAGUCUGGAGAGGCUGAGGAGGCCGAGGAGGCCCAGAAGCAGCCUUCAGAGGAGGCAUCUGAUUCUGCAAGCGAAGAGAAUGGCAUCUGUCCUGAAGAGAACACGGACACUGAGCCUGAUGAAACAGAUGAGACCAAACACACUCGGUCUGGAGAGACAGCCCGUCAAAUGGACGCAAUGAAAGAUGACACGGACACCGAGAAACCUGAAGCUGCAGACUACAAUGGUACCUCAAAUGGAGGAGAUGAGGCCUCCACACCAGAGGACCAAAGUGGGGACACAUCUUCUCAGGGAGCCAAAGAUGCUAAGCAAGCCACUGCACAGACAGACAGGAAGGGUGAUGACUGGAAAAAGCAGCGUGCUAUAGCAAAUGAACAGAAGCCUGUCUGUGAAGGCGCCCAUGAUGACAGUAGAGAGAAAUCUGCUGGGUCAGAUAGUCAUGGGUCACCAAAUGCAGGAAUCACACCAAAGUCAUUGGGUGGUACUGCUGUAGAUGUAAAAAUGAAAGAACGCGACGUAAACACACCCAAAGUCCAGGGCACUUCCACAGCAAGUCCUGCUCCAGCAGCAAACAAUAAGGAAGAGAAGCUGAAAGCCCUUGGACAGGAAGCCAAAGCAGAGUCAGGGGUGGGUACUGAUGUGAAGGCAGCGAAGGAAACCGCACAGCCAGGGGGGAGUAUCCCGACAGGAGGAAGAAAGCAAUCUGUGGGUACAGCGGCGACUCAAUCAACAGAAAAGUGCAGCGCUAAAAGGAGUACAGAGACCGCUAAGCAAGAUCCCAACCAAGCCAGUGACAAUGGAAACAAGGCUGCACAGAGGGAAGGAUCACGGAAAGGUCAUUAAGGAACAGGGCAAAAACACAAUCUCAAGAGAAGGCCAGUGAAUGCAAACGUGGAAACACCAGAGAAGAGAAUCUUUCUUGACAAAAAUGGGCACGAAAAGCGAAGGAACGUAAAACCCAAAUGAGAGAGAUCAGAGGGUAAAAAAUGCUUUGCCAUACUGCAGUCGAGACAAAAAAAAAUGUGACGGGGCUGAAGUCUUUGAAAAGAAUCCGGACAAAAGACGUUUAGAGAACUGACAUCAAGUUGUCUCGGAAUAUAAGGUGGACAAAGCAAGGUUAGACUGCAUGAUUGGUCUUGCGCAAGCAAAUCUGAAAGCAAAUGUAUGGCUACUUUACCCAUCAGUGGGAGCUUAAAACAUGAAUGUAGAUCAAUGCAUGAUUAAAUACAACCUACAGAGGAAGAAAUGUAUCAUGUACCAUUACCUAUGCCAUUCAUUCCAUACUGUAUGUAGGAUUGGCUAGAAUGCUCCAAGAUAAUAGAUAUAAUAGUAUAAAUGUAUUUGCAGCGUAGUCCAGGUUGUGUAAGCAACUGUAGUACGGUGGUACAGAUCAAACACAAGCGUUAUGCAUUUGAAUACAUGGAACCAGAAAUAUAGAACAUUUUCUACCAUCCAGAGCCAUAUUUGUGAACUAGAUGAUUUUGCUAUCUGGCAUCAGUCAGGAGGUAGUGACUAAAAUCACACCCCAGCUGAGAUCUCAAAGGUCACUUGCACCAUUUCUUCUUAAGGAAAGCACAAUUACAAAUAAUGCUCAGAGGAAGAUAACUAUAUUUGAUAAAUGCUGUUCAUGUCAUAUGCAAAUAACAGCAUUUAAGAGACUUACAAAUAAACAUUUUGUAUACGUCAGGCUUGGAGCACGUUUCUCCCAACUUGCUAUAGCUUCAUGUAUGCUGGGAGGA